GGUUUGGGGGUGGUUGCGACGUUGUUCCCCUCGCCCACCCACUCCCUCCCCUAUGUACCUUCUUCACCGUGGCGCACACUCCCUCCCCACUCCUCUCGCCGCCACGUCCUGGCAACCACCUCACUCACUCCCUCCUGGCAACCACCUCCCUCCCUGCCUCCCGCAACCACCUCCACCCCACCACCUCGACCAGAUCCAAACCUCCGAGCGUCGAAUGAUCGCGCCCUACCCAGCGCCCCCAGCCACGAAGAACUCCCAUGUCCGGGGAUCCAUGCCACCGCCGAUGAUGGCCAGCUCCGCUGUGCGCGCGACCAUCGUGCGACCUCGCCCUCCUCGCCGGAUCCGUACCCCAGGCCAUGGCUCAACCUCCCACUUCGCUGACCACUGUUCGUUACCACUGUUCGUUACCACCGCCGGAACCGCCCUUCCAACCUCCGGAUCCGCCGCAGCCUGCCUUGCCCUCGUCGCCCUGCGUCGAUCCCGCAGCGGGGCUCGUUGGCCCCUUGCAGUCCACUGCGUGGGUGCACGCAGCACGCGAGCACCCCCUCCCCCUCGCAGUCCCAUGUGUGGGUGCCCUGUCCAACCGGAGCAGGAUGCACCUGCCGGCGGCGAGCUGCGAAGGAUGAGGUCGACGAGUGCGAGGAUCCGCGUCACUGCAGCAGACGAGGACCGACCAUGGGCUCACCUCCUUUGACUCGCCAAAUCUUCCCUCUGGUGUCACGAGCUCGGCUAACCCCGUGGAUGAUGGUGUACAGGCAUUCAGUUCAGCGGGGCACACCAUGCAGCUCGGGCAGCAUGCUCGGGCGAUUCGGUCGUGCUUGUGAAUGUAGUGCACCUGCAGCUCGAGAUCCCUUGAUUGCAGGAUGUGCUUGUGAAUAUAUACAUUUGUAGUGCGAUUCGGCUGUUCUUGUGAAUGUAGUUGUAGUACGCGUGUGUUGGCAAAGGGGGAGGAGGUGCUCCACCCACGAAUUGGGAUUUCUCUCUUCUGAUUUCAAUUACGGCUCUUGAUUGCUGAUCUUGUUUUGUUUUCUGGCGGCGCUGAAGGAUUCAGGUCGUGCUGAAGCUGGACCUGCACGACGACACAUAGAAGCAGAAGGCCAUCCAGGUCGUCUCCGGUCUUCAGGGAAUAGACAACAUUGCGUGGACAUGAAGGACCAGAAGAUGACGGUGAUCGGCACCGUCGACCUCGUGGCCGUGGCGCUAUGCUAUGCCGUGAAGACGAGGGGAGCAGCCCACAUCAAGGGUGUGAGUAGCUCACAUGGGGGAUUUCGGAGUCCACAGUGCACUCCGGUGGGUGCAGUGGUGCACUCUGCUGCGUGCAGUGCAUUACUUUUCAUUUUUUGCAAUUUUUCAGGAAGAAGCAUUACCACUGCGUGCAGUGCAUCAGCCCGUGCGUGUACUUCUGUUUUUCAUUGCGGAGUGAACAACUCGCCGAGCUGGAGGUUCCUAGGACUAGAUUGCUUUUUGCGUGUGAUGUAUUUUCUGUACAAGGGGCCUACUGAAAAUUUGUGAAACAUGGUGCCUAUUCGUUGCGCAUUGA